CGUUAAUCUCUCUGGGGGAAUCGGAACUUGUGAAACUGCGCCACGAUGGCGACCUACAACUACGAUGAAUCGGGCAGCAUGGCCCUCUACUUCAUCCUCACAUUUCUGGCGAUCAUACUCGUGCCGUUUACCAUUUCAUCGAUAUCGCCCUCAUCCAAUAAACAACGAGUCGUCACCGGCUGCCAGUGCCAGCCAUGUCUCGAGCAACGAGAGCGCGUGCGCAAGCGCGAAAAGGGAUCGUCAUUCCUGCCAAAUCUCAGCGCCAAGGCCAUCUUCUUACUACUCGGCUGGACCGUGUUCGGCCUUCUCGCAUGGAAGGUGGCAAACACCAAGCUUGACAACAAGCUGUAUGACCCAUUCGAAAUUCUCGGCAUCAGCACGGGAUCCACAGAAAAGGAGAUCAAGUCGCGGUACAAGAAACUCUCCAAGCAAUUCCACCCUGACAAGGUGAAGCUCGCCGUGAACGAGACGAUCGAGAUGGUCGAGGCCCGCUUCGUCGAGAUCACGAAGGCUUACAAGUCGCUUACUGACGAAACGAUCCGCAAAAACUGGGAGCAGUACGGCAACCCCGACGGCCGGCAGGAGCUCUCUAUGGGCAUCGCGCUCCCGGUAUGGGUCAUCGAGGGCAAGAACAACAUCUGGGUGCUCGGCCUAUACGGCAUCGUGUUCGGUGGCGCCCUCCCGAUGCUCGUCGGGCGGUGGUGGUUCGGGAACAGGCAGAAGACGAAGGAUGGCGUGAACGCGCGGACGGCUGCGGCCUUCUUCAAGAGUCUGAAGGAGGAGAGCGGCAUGGAGGACGUUGUGAGCGCCCUCGGCAAAGCGUUCUCAUACGAGCCGACCAAGGCCGCGACGGGCAAGAAGAACGCGAACAAGGAGUUGAAGCAACUUGAGAAGCAGAUCGAGGAGAAGCUCGGGGCCAAGUGGCUGGAGGUGCGGAAGCUGACAGAGGUGGGAGACAAUGUGUUGGACGCGCGGAGACGGGCGCUAGUGUUGCUCUACGCGCACGCCUUGCGGCUGCCGGUUCAGGAUUCAUCUCUUGUAGCAGCCCAAGCCGAUGUCCUCCUCCGCACACCGCUCCUCCUCAACGCGCUCCUGACCAUAUCUAUCGCCCGCAAUUGGCUCCUCCCGACCCUCAACGUGAUGCGCUUGCACGCAUACCUCGCUCAAGCGCUUCCCCCCACUCCUUCGUCUGUUGUCACGCCGAAGACGCUGAAGUUUGCGCAACUGCCCAAGAUCGAAGAGAAUGAAGCCAAGGCUCUAGCACCCACUGCCGACGGACUCGAAGACUUCGUGACCGCGCUCGAGGCUAAGGGUGAUGCGCGAGCGGCAGAAGCGAAGAAGGCAGUGGAAAAGUGGGGCAAGUUGGACGUUGUAGACAUCGCAUUCAAAGUGAUCGGCGAGCGCCUCGUUACCCCGCAAGCAAUCGUCUUCCUCGUUGUCAAAUUGCGGAUAACGCCCCCUGGCCUUGCUGCCGCAUCAACUGCCGUUAAGAAGGAAGAGGAGGACGUAGAGGACGUGAAGCGGCGCGUGAAGCUGAACGACGAGAAGGACUACGAGUUCCUGACCGGCAAACGCGACGCGGAGCCGCUACCCGAAGGACAAGAGGACACCGUCGGCUGGGCGCACGCUCCCUAUUGGCCUGCGAAUCGCAAGCCCUCGUGGUGGCUCGUCCUGGCAGACGACAAGAUGAACAAGGUAGUCGUCCCACCAAUGCGCAUCACCGACGUGCCUCUUGCCAAGCCUGGCGCGGAUCGCGAUUACCGGUCGUACAAACUGCAGUUCCAGGCGCCACCAAACGUCGGCCUUUACACAUGGAAAGUGUACUUUGUCAGCGACACAUUCGUGGGCGAGGAGGUGCAACGGGACAUUACGCUGAAGAUCGACGACCUGUCUGUGUUGUCCGCGGAGGAGCAGGGCGCGGAGGAUGAAAUAUCGGAUCCCGAUGAGGACACGCUUGCGGGCCAGAUGGCGGCAUUACGAGGAGGCGCGGUGAAGAAGCGCACGGAGGAGGAGAGCGACGAUGAGAGUGGAACGGACGACGAUGAAGAGAGCGACGAUGAUUCCAGCAGUAGCGAUAGCGAUUGA